UUAACGAUUUGAAGUUGUGCUUGACAGUCUUUAUGCAACUGGAAUUGAAAAAUAAUGCAGACGGUUGUACGAAAAAGACGAACCAGUACAGCACAACCAACAUCAAACCCUAGGUUUGGAUAUUUAACAUAUAAAUUAUAUUAAUCACUGGUUGAACUACACUUUGUUGAAUGUAGGCUGUGCCCGGUUCCCGAACUAGUCUGCACAGACAUGCCACAAAGCGAAUUAGAAAACAUCCGGAUUCCAUUCAAAACUGGGUACUGGACUUCGGAAGGCCUAUUGUUAUGAUUAUCCUUCCUCUGGAGUGGUUUCCCCUAAACAAGCCUAGUGCUGGGGACUACUUUCAUAUGGCUUACAAUGUCUUAACACCCUUCCUACUAUUAAAGCUGAUAGAGCGCAGCCCCAGGUCUCUCCCACGAUCGGCAGUUUACCUCUGCAUCAUCACAUUUGUCAUGGGCGCCAGCAUCCACCUGGUGGGAGACUCCAUCAACCAUCGCCUCAUCCUGAGUGGCUACAAGCUUCACCUGUCAGUCAGGGAGAACCCCAUCAUAAAAGAUCUCAAACCCACGUCGUUGAUUGAUUGUUUUGAACUGCUUUAUUAUUACGAUGAACAGCUGGGACAUUUAAUGUGGUACAUUCCUUUUUUCCUUAUACUGUUCCUAUACUUCACUGGUUGCUUCACUCAAAUCAAAGAGGAGAAGAAAAUGCCUUUGUCUGGCUGGCUGUUACUCUGGCCCAGUGCUCUCUACUAUUGGUAUUUGGUUACAGAGGGCCAGAUCUUUGAACUUUUCCUUCUCAGCUUCCUUGCCAUGGGUGCUUUGGUGGUGCACCGAUGGCGAAAAGGCUCAAACUUGGACAGCAAUGGAGAGUUUCUGUUUUACAGUUUCUUUCUUACCAUGGGCCUGGUGGUAGUAUGGGUAACCUACCUGUGGAAUGACCCAGUGUUACGCAAGAAGUACCCUGGGCUCAUCUAUGUUCCAGAACCCUGGUCUUACUACACUCUAUACAUUAAGGACAACCAUUGAAGAAAGGAAGGAAGCCUGUGAGCUUUUUUUUAUGAUCUGCCUGUUUCAGGGAGUAUGAUAACCACUGGCCUCGGUGCUAUAUUAUGUACUAUUUGGUUUUAUGAUAUUUCAUUUUAAGAUGAUUAAGUGAAAUGUUUUCAGCACAUUAAGUAAAAAAUUGAAACGGCUAAAGUAGAUAAUUCAUUGUAGACCUAAUGGCUGUCUUCCUCUCUCUUCACAACGAUCAAAUGGUAAAAACGGUUAGGGUACACAAUUAUUAUGUCAUCUUAUUUCUACGUAUUAAAUGUAGAAGUGGUCGUUAUAAAGAAUAUGGGUCAAGUCUGCUAAUGUUGAUGUUCACAUCCUUUUUCAUUCCAGUUGCACUGUUUAAUUGCAAGUGGAAUCUGACUUGACCAUCACUGAAUUGUAUCUGGCCUUUUUGUCACAACGUGCUUUACUGUUACCUGAGAUUCAACCCAAACCCAGUGUUAUUUUGUUAUUGUUUUUGACUAGCUAUAUGCCAUGAGUGGUCAACAAGGUAGUCUAUUCCAGUGUUGCUGUAAAAUGUCCUGUUGCACUCGAAAGACAUGCAAAGGUCAGAUAUACUUGAACAUAUGCAUAUUCAAGGGAUCAAAGUUUUUUUGUGUUAUGUUUUAUAAUAAUAAAAAAAAAUGCCACUUU